AUGGACCAUGGAUUGGGAAUGGGGUCUUACUCAAAGAUGCACCGAGUGAAACCUGUAGGUCAUCUAAACUCAUUCGUUCUCACAAUUGCCAGUGUGUUCAUAUUUGUGUUUAUGCUGUUGCUUUCAAAGGACUUGCUGCAUGUUCAAGCAAAUGACAUUGAAAUUUUAAAACAAGUUUGCGAUUCGUUUGAAGAAUGCAAUGGUUUCAAUAGUAAUGGAUGGUUAAAAACAUCAGUAACGUCUUAUCAACAUGGAGAAACAGAUCUUUAUAUUAAGCAACCCAAUUAUAAAGUCCUUAAGAAAACUGCACAAUCACCAAAUGAUUAUCGCGAGAUGGUGAAUAAUUUAAAGGUUUACAUUUACGAAACGAAGAUAGGAACGGACCACCACCCGCACAGAGUAGGGGGGUAUGCUGUGGAACGUGUUUUCCAAGAAUUACUUGAAAAAUCAAACUUUCGAACACAGCAUCCAAACUUGGCCACAUUUUUCUUCAUUCCAAUUCGAUGUUCAUCAUAUAUCCUUGAUUACCCAACGGAGCAUGAAGGCCUAAUGGAAGCUAAAAGAGUUACCGCGAAUAUUCUUCAUGAAAUACAAACCCAAUACCCGUAUUGGUCCCAGUCCAGUGGUGCCAAUCAUUUUUAUAUUUGUUCACAUGAUGUUGGCGCCAAGGUUGCUGAAGGAUUGAUGAAAAAUGCAAUAGGAUUAGUCAGCACUGCAGAUUAUGAUGACCCUUACUUUAUUCCUCACAAGGACAUAAGCAUUCCCCCCACCCCAUCUAGUGGCUUAUCAAACAUACACUUAAUUGGUAAGGGUGGGGCACUUGUAGACGUAAGGGGAAGGAAUAUACUUGCUUUCUUUGCUGGGGAUAUUACAAGUGGCCGAAUCCGUCCGCUAGCGUGGCGAACAUGGUAUUCAGAUCAAGACAUAGAAAUCAUAAAUCGUAUCUUGAAACCGUCAGCUUACAUCGAAAAACUGAAAAAAGCAAAGUUUUGUCUCAUUUUCCGUGGAAAAGAGGGGUGGUCACCUAGACUAGUGGAAGCAAUUAGCAUGGGGUGCGUGCCAGUGAUUAUAUCUGACCAUUACCAUCUACCAUUACAAGGGAUUGUAGAAUGGAGUAAGAUUGCUAUCAUUUUACCAGAAGCACAGAUAUCUGAUUUAAAAAAGGUCUUACUUCUGGUAUCAAGCACACAGUUAUAUGAAAUGCAGCAAUACAUAAAGUCAGUCUAUCAUCAUUUCAUAUGGAAUUACCCAGCGCAACCUAAUGAUGCUUUCCACUCAGUUAUGUUACAAUUGUGGAAAAGAAGACACGUUGUUAAGUAUAGAACAAAUUUAUAAUGCUCUGCAGAUGCCAGAUUGCUAUUCUAUUUAAUGCUCUGCAGAUGCCAGAUUAGAACAAAUUUAUAAUGCUCUGCAGAUGCCAGAUUGUUAUUCUAUGAAUAAUUAAUAGUGUUAUGUUUUUAUAUAACAUCUUGUUAAGCGGGUAUUUGUAAAACUUAAAAAAAUAACAAACAAAGAAAGUGAUCUUCUAGCAAUUGAUUGUUUUCUGAUCGUGAAAGGGUUACGUUUCAUCUGCCAUACGACGAGACUUUAUCAGGGUUAAGUGUCUUAUCCAAGGACAUAUAUCUGGUGCUGUGGCAUAGUGGUUGGCGUGCCUGCCUGUAGCCUAGAAGUUACAGGUCCAAGCUUGACAGUGCUAUCGUUGUGGGCGUAUGUGUCCUUGGACAAGACACUUAACAGCAAACCCCGGUAAUGUAUGGUAGUCCUUUAAAAACAUAAAAACAAACAAUUGCCAAAACAUCCCUUUCACUCUAAUAAUACAUCUUACUGCAACAGCAUAUACAAACGUAUAUUUUGUUUGUUUUUUUACAUCAGAUCAAAACCCUCCCUACUCCCCAAUUGUUGUUGUGUUUAUUAUUUCUAUGUUCCUUAUCAUAAGUGUUAUGAGUUUCAAGUGCAUUUUCCAUAAACAUAAUAGUUAGGUUUACAUAGAAGCACAAAUAUAUACUUGUAUUGAUCCUUAAAUGAAAGCAGCCUACAUUUGUACAACUUGGUAUGUGUUAAAUAUAUGACCAAUGCUUCUCGUAUUUUUCUACUCGAGCGCCAUUUUUUUAUUUCAAAUUAAAACCUAAAGUUUAGAAAACAAUUUAUUAUGUUUAUACUGUAAAGUUAUUUGAUUCUAUUGCAUACGGGAGAUCCUACAGCAUGUAGAAAAGUAUUAAAAAAGUAUGUGUUCUCUUAAGUCGCUAGGCAUGCGUGUCUAAGUGCUAGCAUAAAAAUUGGCAAAAAUGUCAAAUACUGAAUGUGCAUCCCUAAUGCAUAUACCCUAUAUGAGCCAUAUCAAUAUAUAAAACACCAUACAACAGCAUUUCUUGCCAAUUUUUCUCAAAUACCCAUUUUUUACUAAACUUAAACAUGAAAUUAUUUACAUAAAUCAAAACGCUUUACUGUGAAUUUAAAAAUGAUUUUUAAAAACUUGUGUUUUCUGCUUUACCGUGAUUUUUGCUGUUGCAAUUGCUCCCUUUGUGCCAUUUUGCUGCCGAUUUGCUAUUUUCAUAAGAGCUUAUAUGUUUAUAGGUAUAUUACGUAUAGUUUGUAUAAUAUGUAAAGUACUCAGUUUUGACAAGUAUGAUUUAAAGGUUUAAAACCUAUGUUGCUAUUACAAUAAAACCUAAUUUUAAAUUGGUCAAA